AUGACAGUCUACCGUAAUGUCUCUGCUCUCAUUUUACGACGAUUACCUCUCAAAGCAAACAAUGGACCUGGAAAUGGAAACUUGAAAGAUCUCGCUCGUAUACCAAAUGAGGUGCUUUAUCUAGUUGUCAAAAAGCCCCGAAAAGACCACGCGUGGCAGUUUCCUCAGGGAGGUCAAGACGAAGGUGAAACGCCUGCAGAGGCCGCUUUACGUGAGCUAAGAGAGGAGUGUGGUGAAGAAUUAUCAGUUCGCUUGAUAGAUAGACAUGACCCUGUCGGUACAUACAAGUAUAAAUUUCCAAAGGAAUUUAUAGAAAGCCACGAACGCAAGUCCAUUGGAGCUCAAGAUCAGUAUUAA